UCCGCUACCUUUCAGUCCGAGAUCGUUUUGGAUUCAAAUACUGAGAAGAGGUGUUCUGGUUUAAGAAGUCUUUAUCUCUCUUCGUUUUUAUAUUUUCUCACUUAUCUUCUUUCGUUCGUAGUUUAUAUUUUAUCAAAGAACAGGUAUUUUCAACCAAAGAGCCACUUAUACUGAAGAUUUGCAUGAAUUAGAGAAUGAAGUCUAUCUCGUUCUUAUUCCUUUGUUUUAACUUGUCGAUCUUGGCAGCGAUUGUUGGUGGUCUGCCAACGUGCCCAGCCAAUCUUGGUGCAGAAUGCAGCGAUGCUGCUUUGGAUGAUUGGAAAGGCGAGUUCUUUCCAGACGUUCAGAAAAUCAAGUAUGAGGGUCCAUCCAGCAAGAAUCCGCUUUCAUAUAAAUGGUAUAAUGCCAAUGAAGAGAUUCUUGGAAAGAAAAUGAAGGAUUGGUUGAGAUUUAGCAUUGCAUUUUGGCAUACAUUUCGUGGGACUGGAGCUGACCCUUUUGGGGCACCGACAAAGUACUGGCCUUGGGAGGAUGGAACAAAUUCCUUGGCUAUGGCCAAAAGAAGAAUGAGAGCUAACUUUGAAUUCAUAAAAAAGCUAGGAGUUGACAGAUGGUGCUUUCAUGAUAGGGAUAUAGCUCCAGACGGUAAAACCCUGGAGGAAGCGAAUGCGAACUUGGAUGAAGUGGUAGCCCUUGCAAAAGAACUUCAGGGAACUAAAAUCCGGCCGCUGUGGGGAACUGCCCAACUGUUCAUGCAUCCCCGGUACAUGCACGGAGCUGCUACAAGCUCUGAAAUGGGUGUAUAUGCUUAUGCUGCAGCACAAGUCAAGAAAGCAAUGGAGGUGACACAUUAUCUAGGAGGCGAAAAUUAUGUCUUUUGGGGCGGUAGAGAGGGUUAUCAGUCUCUCUUGAACACAGAUAUGAAAAGAGAGCUCGAUCACUUGGCAAGAUUUUUCCAAGCAGCAGUUGAUUGGAAGAAGAAGAUUGGGUUCAAUGGAACUCUUCUGAUAGAACCCAAACCGCAAGAACCUACUAAGCACCAGUACGAUUGGGAUGCUGCUACCUCAACAAGCUUUCUACAAAAAUAUGGCCUUACUGGAGAAUUCAAGCUCAACAUUGAGUGUAACCAUGCUACCCUGUCUGGUCAUAGUUGCUUCCACGAGCUUGAAACUGCAAGAAUCAAUGGGCUGCUUGGAAAUAUUGAUGCAAACACUGGCGAUCCUCAAGUUGGCUGGGAUACAGACCAGUUCAUGACGGACAUAGGAGAGGCAACUUUGGUUAUGCUAAGCGUUGUUAGAAAUGGUGGGCUCGCUCCUGGAGGAUUCAACUUUGAUGCGAAAUUGCGGAGAGAGAGUACAGAUGUUGAGGACCUUUUCAUUUCUCACAUCUCUGGAAUGGAUACUAUGGCUCGCGGACUCCGCAACGCUGCUAAACUAAUUGAGGAUGGUUCUUUGGAUGAGCUUGUUCGGAAGCGGUACCAGAGUUUUGACUCGGAAAUCGGGGCUCUGAUUGAGGCUGGGAAGGCUGAUUUCGAGACACUUGAGAAGAAGGCCAUGGAAUGGGGUGAACCAACCGUUGCUUCUGGGAAGCAGGAACUUGCGGAGAUGAUAUUUCAAUCUUCUAUCUAGAAGAAAUAGGAGACUCAUGGGCCGUCGUUUUAGUAGGUUUCUGAAGUUUCAAUUUUAAUUUUUUAAUGUUAAUAAUGUUAGUGACAGAAAACCACAGCAGUAACAACAUCAGCUGAAAGGCACUCAUUUAUACUGAUAGGGUCUUCAAAAUCA